GUUUGUUUUAUUUUUAUUUUUAUAACCUAGCCUUAAGUCUACUAAUUUAUUUAAAUUCCAUACAACAAUGAGCAAAAGGAAACUGCCAAGUGGGUCCGUAGCCCUUAGUCAGUAUCGAGACCAGCAUUUUAGGAGUACAGAUAGCAAGAAUACUUCUAUGAGGGGAAAUCGAGCAGAGCAAGAAAAAUUACUUCUCACAAGUUGUACAUUAUACAUUGGCAAUCUCUCCUUCUAUACAAGCGAGGCCCAGAUUCACGAGCUUUUCAGUAGAGCUGGAGAUGUCAAGAGGAUAGUCAUGGGGCUUGAUAAAGUGCAGAAAACACCUUGUGGCUUCUGUUUUGUUGAAUAUUAUAUCAGAUAUGAUGCAGAGAAUGCCAUGCGCUACAUUAAUGGGACACGCUUAGAUGACAGGAUUAUUCGUACUGACUGGGAUGCUGGCUUUAAAGAGGGACGACAGUAUGGCAGAGGAAAGACUGGAGGACAGGUUAGAGAUGAAUAUCGUACAGACUUUGAUGAGGCUCGAGGUGGAUACGGCAAAAUGUUGGCCACCAAAAUCAGACGUACCAGUGAUGUGUCCUAACUGUUGUGACUGAGGAUGAAAGUGUGUGGCUGUUCUUUGACUGACUGAGAAUGAAAGUGUAUUUUUAAUUUUUAGUGUAAAUAAAGUAAAAAGAUAUCUGGGCAAUCUAAAGAUGAGAUUGCUGUUUUUUUUUUUUUGUACAAAAUCAUUGUUGUUUUAUGACAUUCAAUUUUCAUUAAUUCAUUGGUCAUUUAAAAUAAAUACUUGUAAUAAUUGAUGGAAACUU